CCGGGCCGGCGCCGCGAGCGGGGGAAGCUGGCGGGCUGAGGCGUCCCACUUUCCUCCUCUUCCCCGGGCCGCCGCUCUGCCCCGGGCCUGCGAGGCCGCGCCUUGCCGCCCGAGAGAUGAUGCAGGACGUGUCCAGCUCGCCAGUCUCGCCGGCCGACGACAGCCUGAGCAACAGCGAGGAGGAGCCGGACCGGCAGCAGCCGCCAAGCGGCAAGCGCGGGGGGCGCAAGCGGCGCAGCAGCCGGCGCAGCGCGGGGGGCAGCUCGGGGCCCGGCGGGGCCGCGGGCGGGGGCGUCGGAGGCGGCGAGGAGCCUGGCAGCCCGGCCCAAGGCAAGCGCGGCAAGAAGUCUGCGGGCUGCGGCGGCGGCGGCGGCGGCGCGGGAGGAGGCGGUAGCAGCAGCGGCGGCGGGAGUCCGCAGUCCUACGAGGAGCUGCAGACACAGCGGGUCAUGGCCAACGUGCGGGAGCGCCAGCGCACACAGUCGCUGAAUGAGGCGUUCGCCGCACUGAGGAAGAUCAUCCCCACGCUGCCCUCAGACAAGCUGAGCAAGAUCCAGACCCUCAAGUUGGCGGCCAGGUACAUCGACUUCCUCUACCAGGUCCUACAGAGUGACGAGCUGGACUCCAAGAUGGCCAGUUGCAGCUAUGUGGCCCACGAGCGGCUCAGCUACGCCUUCUCGGUGUGGAGGAUGGAGGGGGCCUGGUCCAUGUCCGCGUCCCACUAGCAGGCGGAGCUCCCCACUCCCUCGGCAGGGCCGGAGACCUAGAUGUCAUUGUUUCCAGAGAAGGAGAAAAUGGACAGUCUAGAGACUCUGGAGCUGGAUAACUAAAAAUAAAUAUAUAUGCCAAAGAUUUUCUUGGAAAUUAGAAGAGCAGAACCCAAAUUCAAAGAAACAGGGCGUGGGGCGCACUUUUAAAAGAGAAAGCGAGACAGGCCCGUGGACAGUGAUUCCCAGACGGGCAGCGGCACCAUCCUCACACCUCUACAUUCUGAUAGAAGUUUGAACAGUUGUCUAUGUUCUUUUUUUUUUUUUUAAUUUGACGAAGAAUGUUUUUAUUUUUAUUUUCUCAUGCAUGCAUUCUCAAGAGGUCGUGCCAAUCAGCCACUGAAAGGAAAGGCAUCAUUAUGGACUUUCUCCAUUUUAAAAUGGUAACAGAGGAAUUUUAAGAACACCUUUAGAAAUAAAAAUACGGAAUCAAACUGACUUGCAAAAUCACAGUCAGUCAAUUCCUUUUUUCGAUUUUCCUCUGAAGGAAAAAAAAACUUAAAAUACAAAAAACAACAUUCUAUUUAUUUAUUGAUGACCCAUGGUAAAAUGCAAAUAGAUCCGGUGUCUAAAUGCAUUCAUAUUUUUAUGAUUGUUUUGUAAAUAUCUUUGUAUAUUAUUUUUCUGCAAUAAAUAAAUAUGAUUGAAAAUUUUAAGAACCUUAGAGUUUGGUCUAUAUUUUUAAAGGAUUAAGUUGGAGGUAAAUACCUGCUUGUUUAACUCUGGAGACACCCAGGAGGGUGAUGGGGCAGUAAAACAAACAAAGCAGUGAAAAACUCAAAGUGCCUGCUGACAGGUACAGGCAAGUUAUUUAGAAAAACAGCUUUAUCAUUAUUCCUGUUUCGUGCUCAAUGGGCUUAGCAUCUCCCCUUCAUCUCUUAUCAGGUCUCCAGACAGCAAAACCUUAAUGUAUCCCUCUUACAUUUUGAGAUGGCAGCUUUAAAACAGUUAAAUGCAAAUAAGCACUGCAAGCCAGCACUAUUUCUCUUGUAACUGUGCUUUUUUGUCAUGCCCUCUACUCUUUAUGAGGAUUUUUACAUAAUAGGUUUAUUUCAGUGAAAGGGUGCAUAAAGUGUUAUCAAAAUUACCAAUCUAUACAUACACAUAAAUGAAUACAAAUGUAUAGAAAAUAAAGUUUAAUUCAGACUUCCAUUUGUGAAGUAAUUCACUUAACUCUUCUUUUAUGAAUGAGGAUGACAUUUGAUUUCAAAUUUGCUGAAAAGAAAAGCCAAAGUUAAGCCUAUUUUCCCAUGUUGAUGUCCAUUUGGGAAGAAUUCUUUAUAUGUAAAAAACAUACAGCUAUGGAGUUAAGAACAACAAAGAACCUGAAAUCUCAGUAUCUUCGGUAACUACUGGAACAGUUACAAUUUUAAAUGCUAUAGCUGUUCAUUUUGUUCAGUUCAUUAGCAAAUAUAUUUUAUCCAAAAGUACUCAGAAAUUUUCCCUAAUUACUUAAAUGUAUACAAAAUCUGAUGCAGUAAAGCAAAACAUUAACAGGGACAAAUGAUGGUUGAUUUUUUUUUUUUAAGUUCAUUCUGGUAAUUUCUGGGCUAGAAAAAUGCUGCCUUUUAUAGUGAAUAACGGUAGAAAUAGGUAGUUUGUCUCACUUAGUUCUUAACUUUUAAAUCCAGUUUACUGCAUUGAAGUAUAAUUAGAGAUCCUUUCAAACUGGAAAAUAAUUUUGCUGCCUAAAUCAAACAAUCACUAUGGCAAAUAAGUGUAAGAAUCCAAACAGAUUUGCCUAGUUCAGGUUGAGGUUAUUACAUUGCCUGAAGGGUUUUUGUUUUUUUUUCCCUCUCCACACAUCAUCAUAGAAUGCUGACAUGACAUAUUGUAAAUUUAUUAUUGUGAGUAUUUUAGACCAUGUUUUACAGUAAGAAGCCUGUGGAAUUUAUGUAUAUUAAAGAUUAGUGAAAGCUU